UUAUGAUUUCGUCCUCCGGCAAUGCUUGGGGUCACGCGGUGUACUAUCGGUCAUCAUUUAAUUUUCUCAGUUCUCAAAUUAGCGUAAAAUGUUUUUUAAUAAGAGAUAUUGAAUUAUAAACAUCGAAAAAUUAUAAUUCAGGGGAUUAGAGGUGAAAGCAGUGACUUUUUACGGAGACAUUAGUAACAAUAGUUUAAGGUUAACCCACGAUUUUGAGGUUAUCCGAUCUUUGUUGAAGUAAGUUAACAAGUUAUUGUCGAAACAAAAUGACAACAAACAUGAGGAGUGUUUUGAGACUUUCGAUGGCCCUGAGAAAUUUGUCAGUCUCAUCGAGUCGUGUCCUGUCCCUGAGAUCAGUUCAUUCGUCAUCAGGUCUAGAUGCUAGAUUCAAUCGCUCAGCUGUGAGCGCAGAGCCUUUUGGUCAUUCUCAACGUGCUCUGGACGACUUCGAUAAACCGGAGAAGCCCAAGGGAUAUCUGCGGCAGUUGCGCACCUGCGAUAUCCCAGAGGAGGUCCUCCUCCUGGUAAAGAAUGAAAAUUCUGGGAUGCAACUCAUUCACGCCCUGAAAACCCUGGAGGUUCUCUUCGACAUGUCGAAAAAAAAUUCGGAAAAAUUCGAGGACAUCCACGAGAAGAAAGAAUUUUCCAUUCUCUGCGAGAUCGUGAAGAAAAAUAUUCGCCAGCUGGAGAGGGAGCAGGCAAUACAAGCCCUCAAGUACCUGACGUAUCUACGCGUCCCCUCGACGACAGUAAUAAUUCAGAUGCUCCUCCAGAUGAUCAGGACGUCAGUAAAUCAGCUGUCCCUGGAUGAAAUAGUUUUCCUGAGUUUUCUCUUACAGAAAUGCCGAAAGACACCUCUGGUGGAGGCCCUGGAAAUCGCCCUGCCAAUUGUCUUCGAGACCCACGUGGGACAUAAAUUGGACCCUGAAAAUCUGGACUCUGUAGUAAGAGUCUUCCAGUACCUGCGUAAAUCAAACUUGAACCUCGAUGCAAUCACCAGAAUCCUGAAGAUAAUUGAAAAGACAGAUACAUCGAAAAUAAAACCACCAAAUGCCAAGCAGAUUCUCUUCUGCCUCGUGGAGUUGCAGCUAACUGAUCUUGUCAGAUCCCUGAUCCCCAGGAUGAUGGGAAUCCUCUCGGAGGACAUCGACACGUUCAACGAGGAAGAAUUACAGGCGAUGGUCAGGAGAUUAUCCGAUAAAUUCAACGAUGUCAAAAACAAUCGUGAUGCUUAUUAUCACGAGGGUUUUGCUGACGCCUGCGCUGCCACUGUUAUCUCCAGAGAUCUGGGCUUCGAAGUCGCCCAGGACCUCACUCACUUCUACAACGACGUGGGGCACGUCAACAUUGCACUCCUGGAUUACAUGUCAGCCAAGUGCUUCGAGGACAAGAGAAUUAUCUCAGGAGCAAAUAAGUAUCAGAUUGGAUCAUUCUUUUAUGCCCUGUCUCAGGCUGAUUACAAGCCCGUCUUCUGGGACUCCAUCAAGGAAUCACUGAUGAGUGAAAAAUUGCUCGAUCAGAAUCCUGGAAAGCUCACAAAAGUAGGCCUGUACAUGGCCUCACUCGAUUGCUUGAUGCCAAAACUCAUCGAGAAAGUAUUCACGCAGUUUGAGGUGCGAUCUGAGGGACACACCUCCGCGAAGAAGAGAUUUUUACUCCUCUAUCAUGCGGUUAAGAGUGGAUUCCAUGGGUAUAAGGGACCCUGGCCCUCUGAGGAUUUACUCAGGGGCUGCGAGAAUAUUCCUGCUGUUGAUAGAGAAGAAUAUCCUCUGCAGGACGCCAUAGAAUGCGCCCUCGGGGGACAACAGUACGUUAUUAACCAGCUUAAAACAAAAUUUGGAUAUUACGUGGAUAAUGUCGUGAUUAUGAGGAAAGGCGGAUUUCCGAUUGCUAUUAAUAAGGAAGGGCAUCUUGUCGAGAAGAUCGAGGAACUCAUACCUUUGCCGGACAGCCAAGUCUUGAUAUUCAUGAACAUCCCGAACUAUGGACACGCUCGUAAUACAGAUCGCCUGACUGGCUACUGGGCAUUUUUAAUAAAACAACUGGAGUCUGGAACAAAAUCUACAGUCAUUCCAAUUCUAUCGAGAACUUGGAAAAAACUGUCAGAACCCGAGAGAAUUCGCUACAUCUCGCAAGCGAUCAGACUCAAAUGUGACGAGCUGUCAGCAGUCGUCAAUUAAUCAUUGACAAAUCAAUAGAGUUGAAUGUAAAAUAAAAAAGAAAACCAAUCCAAAAAUAAACAGCAGUUUAUCACA